GUUACCCUCCUCCUCAUUCCUAAUGAAACUCCACUGUAAACAGUCUUAACAAUAUGAACACCAUAAUCCCAACUUCUUUCUGCCACUGCCCAAUUUCAAAGCUGGGCACCACCUUCUCCACUCCCAGAUACACUCAGUUUCGCACCAAAACCAUCAGAAUCCAAGCAAAUUCUAAUGAAGUUGACACACAGACAGUAGAGGAACGCACAGAGGAAGAGUCACAAAACAAUGGAGCUUCCAACAUCUCCACCCCGUCUUCCACUGCUCCUGCCCUUGACAAAGACCUCAAAAAGGUUGUUCAGAAGACUGCUGCAACCUUUGCACCAAGGGCUUCCACUGCUACCAAAAACCCUGCCGUUCCUGGAACUGUACUAUACACUGUUUUUGAGGUUCAAGGCUAUUUAUCGAUGCUGUUGGGUGGAGCUCUCUCUUUCAAUUUUCUAUUCCCAUCCAAUGAACCAGACAUAUGGAGGUUAAUGGGAAUGUGGUCUAUUUGGAUGUUCACAAUUCCUUCUCUUCGUGCCCGAGACUGCUCAAAGAAUGAGAAAGAAGCUCUCAACUAUCUCUUCCUCAUCAUUCCAUUGCUCAACAUUAUAAUCCCAUUCUUCUGGAAAUCAUUUGCAGUUGUUUGGUCUGCGGAUACCGUGGCCUUCGUUGGGAUGUAUGCAUGGAAGUUAGGGUGGCUACAAAAGGAGGACUAGGCAGCAAACCAGUGUGGCCUUUCUUCUAUUGGAUCAGUUGGGUCACUGUUUUCAAAUUUGAUUCUCAAGUCCAUACCUCCUGAUGCAUGUCAAGUCUCGACUUUCUUAAGCCUGUAAAUGCAGUAAACUACUAAGAAAUGACAGUAACAUAUGGAGAACAGGGCAUGCAGCAUUGGCCUUAGGGGAUCGAUGGAUAAGCAUAUCUUCACAUUUGGAGUGUAAUGACAAAAGGGUAUUCAUUCAUUCUCUUGUAUUUUGGCAAUUGGGCAACGACAGUUGUUUCAUUUUAUCAGAUUGAGAUGGGUGAAAUUCACAUCAUUUCAAGCUCGGUUGGAGAAUGUAAUUUGAUGAUAAAAGACCUGAAGGAUAUACAAUUUCUACAUCAAAAUGCCCCCCUGAUAUAUUCAUAUAA